GAGUCAUUCAGGUGCUUUGUGGCCGAGUGGGGAGGCGGCUACUGUUUAGCUGCGCUAAGUGCUGUUUAUAUAAACAGCACCACGCCAGUGUACACACUUCAUCACUUGGAGUCUGAUCAAGCACCAUCCUGCGGCUCGUCCUUGGAUAAAGCUAUUUAAGACAAACAAAUUUAGGUUUGUUUUAUCAUGGCCGUUCCUGCCAGGCUCAGCUUCACCGUGAGGAGUAUUUUGGAUUUACCAGAAAAUGACAGCGAGAGCACAGCGCAUCUUCUGCCACUCCACUCUCUCUCUGGCUCUCCUUACUCCUCCUGGGCAGACAGCGACAGAGGCCACUGCAUGUCCUCAGAUGAGAGCAAUCCGGAGGCGUCCCCUGACUCCACCGGGUCUAAUGAUCCCCCCGCGGAGGCAGAUCAGGAGAAGAAGAAGAAACGGCGUGUGUUGUUCUCCAAGGCCCAGACCUACGAGCUGGAGAGGCGCUUCCGGCAGCAGCGCUACCUGUCUGCUCAGGAGCGCGAGCAGCUCGCGCAUCUCCUCCGCCUCACACCCACACAGGUCAAGAUCUGGUUCCAGAACCACAGGUAUAAGAUGAAGCGAGCGCGGGUUGAGUGUGUGCAGGAUUUCGGUCCUCCUCCGGUGCUGCGCAGGGUCGUAGUGCCCAUUCUAGUGCGGGACGGUAAACCAUAUCAGAGCUGCAUUGGCGAGAGCGAAAAGGGAGGCUGCGUGGUUCCUCCAUCAUCCUGUGGUCCUCGAGGGUUCCAGCCUUUUCAGCCAUCAACUUUUUCGCUUCUACCGCAGUACCAGCACUUUACAAACCCAGCAGUCUCCACACACCAUUUCAUUUGGUGAGACCAUCCACAGUGGACUAAGGAUGACGCAUGGAUGAACACACAUGCUUUUAUUUACACGUGUAGUGUACACAGUAACUGAGUAAAUGCAAUUUGCACAUAUUUUAUUUUCUAUUUAGAAAUAGUUGUGUUUUCUGAUCUGACAUGAUUUGUGAAUUAUUUGCAACGAUUAUGACACACAACUAUAGUAUAGUAAAGAGGGCUAAUUUUGCUUUUGUUUAAAACCAAAUGUAUAUACGGUAGUUAAGAAUUUUAAAAUAUAUAUUUUAUAUAGGCUGGACAAGACAUGUUGCAUAGAUAACUGGAUUUUUUUUUUUUUACACAAAAACGGGUUUCAUUAAUUUACAGCCUUAAAACCCCUGAAAGCUGAUGUUCCU